AUGGAGGCGUCAUCGGAAUCUGGAUCGCCGAUGACGCUGCUGAACGAAGAAGUAUCAGCAGUGCGGCAGAGCGCUGGGAGGAACUCUACCGAAAGAAACGAAGAAGAAGAUCUUCUUGAAGAGAAACCUCAACUCCCUCCCUAUGCCCCCUCAGGAGGCACCGCGGAUCACGAUGUGAAUCGCGAUCCGCCCGGUGAGGAACCCGAAGAGAAACCUCAACUCCCUCCCUAUGCCUCCUCAGGAGCCACCGCGGAUCACGAUGUGAAUCGUGAUCCGCCCGGUGAGGAACCCAAGGAAGAAGAAGCCGAAAGCUUCGCGGAAGAAGCUCAAGGCCCCAGCAGACUCGGACUCCGACAGCCGUGA